UCACAAGUUUAAAAUACCCAGUGUAGCUCUGAAGCCUGAGGUGGAAAAAAAGGCCUUCUAUUUUCUUUCCCUCAGGAACAGAGUUAUGCAGAGAAUGUGUGAGCAGAUAAUAGACUAAUUCAAAGCUUCAGACCACAUGUCUUCAGAAUCAUACUAUCACUCAAAUUAAAGCAUAAACAAACAUUUGGGACUGACGUAGCUCCUUCAAAUAGGCAAAUGCCUCAGUCAGGGUUGCUCAUUUUGGAACAGACUGAGAGAAAGCAGAAUCAAAAUGAAGAAAUUUCUUGUGUUUGUCUCCUUUUUGGUCCUGCUGACCACUGUUACAGACACGUCACCAAUUUUGUCUGAAAAAGAUGCCAAACAGAUGCUGAGGACUCGUCGUGAAGACAGACCAAGAAAAGCUGGUUUCCCUGAUGAACCAAUGAGGGAGUAUAUGCUUUACCUCCAGCGCUUGGAGCAGAGAUCAGAAGAGCAAUUCCUUGAACACUGGCUGAAUCCUCACUGCCUCCCACACUGCAACAGGGAUCUGGUGCAUCCAAUCUAAUGGGUUUGCUUGCCCUACAACUGGUAUAUAUCUCCACAUGGAUUUAUACAUGAUUGUGUUGAGGAGGACAAGAUUAUUCCUGCAUUGGCUACGUGCUCACUGUAGAGCAGAACCUCUCUGCAGUAUAGUGCACUCCUCACGAUACAAAAGAACUUCCAGCUCUAAGUGGCUUGAUGAGUUCUAGACCACCAUGUAUUUUCUACUAGCAAUGAUUGCAUGCAUGAAUAACUGAAUUGAGAGUUUCCACAGUUUCUGAGGUAUGGGCAACUUAUUAGUCCUAGAGUAUCCUUUCAAGGGCACAGGUUUAGACUGUCUGAAGCAAAAGAAACUUGGAGGGAAAGGUCAAUAGAAAAUUGCAGAACACCAGCAUGAAGAGAAGGCCGGCUUUGUGGGCUUUGGAGGAAUCCUUAAUUACAGUUUUCUAGGUUAAAUAACAAUAUUUCAUUAAGAUACAACAUUUAUGUAACACUAUUUCCUACUGCCUGAUGAGUAUUUCAUGUAUUGUUUCAUAAUAAAUGCUUGACUC